AUGUCCAUAGUGAAUAUUGUUGCCAGGGAGAUCCUGGACUCCAGAGGAAACCCCACUGUGGAAGUAGAUCUGCACACAGACAAAGGUCUGUUCAGGGCUGCUGUGCCAAGUGGUGCGUCCACAGGCAUCUAUGAGGCUCUGGAGCUCCGAGAUGGAGAUAAGACUCGCUACAAGGGCAAAGGUGUAACCAAGGCUGUCGGUCACAUUAACGACACCCUUGGACCUGCCCUCGUCCAGUCGGGAAUCAGUGUGUUGGAGCAAGAGAAGCUGGACAACAUGAUGAUUGAAAUGGACGGCACCGACAACAAAUCUAAGUUUGGGGCCAAUGCUAUUCUGGGAGUAUCACUGGCCAUAUGCAAAGCUGGCGCAGCAGAGAAAGGUGUCCCCUUGUACCGUCACAUUGCUGAUCUUGCAGGAAACGGAGACCUGGUCCUACCAGUUCCUGCAUUUAAUGUGAUCAACGGGGGCUCCCAUGCUGGUAACAGACUGGCUAUGCAGGAGUUCAUGGUGCUUCCUGUUGGGGCAGAGUCUUUCCGUGAUGCUUUGCGUGUGGGGGCUGAGCUAUAUCAGACACUGAGAGGUGUCAUCAAGGAGAAGUAUGGUCAGGACGCUACAAAUGUGGGAGAUGAAGGAGGGUUUGCCCCAAAUAUACAGGAGAACAGUGAAGCCCUGGAGCUGAUAAAGACGGCCAUAGAGAAAGCAGGCUUCACAGAUAAAGUGGUGAUUGGGAUGGAUGUUGCUGCCUCAGAAUUCUUCAUCGAGGGCAAGUAUGACCUGGACUUCAAGUCUCCACCCAAUGCUGCCCGCAACAUCAGUGCUGAGGAGCUGGCCAACAUCUACCAGGGAUUCAUUAACAACUAUCCAGUUGUGUCCAUUGAAGAUCCUUUUGACCAGGACGACUGGCCUGCUUGGUCACAGUUCACAGCUUCAGUGGGCAUCCAGGUGGUUGGAGAUGAUUUGACGGUCACUAACCCGCGCAGAAUACAACGAGCCGUGGAGGACAAGGCUUGCAACUGCCUGCUGCUUAAAGUCAACCAGAUUGGCUCUGUCACAGAGGCCAUCAAGGCGUGUAAGCUGGCCCAGGAGAAUGGCUGGGGUGUGAUGGUGAGCCAUCGCUCAGGAGAAACCGAGGACACUUUUAUAGCCGACCUAGUAGUUGGUCUCUGCACUGGACAGAUCAAGACUGGAGCUCCCUGUCGAUCAGAACGUCUGGCCAAAUACAACCAGCUCAUGAGGAUCGAGGAAGAGUUGGGUGACCAGGCCCGCUUUGCUGGGCACAACUUUCGCAACCCCAGUGCACUUUGA